ACUCGGCGUCAACGACGCAGAGCGGACGGUCGUCACGUGACACGGAAGUGACUCCGAACAGGAAGAGGACGAAAAAAAUAACCGUCCGCGACGCCGAGUGGAAGCGGACCCGCAGCCACCAUGAACAGCAAAGGGCAGUAUCCAACACAGCCUACCUACCCAGUGCAACCUCCUGGGAAUCCAGUGUACCCGCAGCCCUUACACCUUCCCCAGGCUCCGCCCUACACUGAUGCUCCCCCGGCAUACUCAGAGCUCUAUCGUCCAAGCUUUGUUCACCCCGGGGCUGCCACAGUUCCCACCAUGUCAGCUGCAUUUCCUGGCGCGUCUCUGUACCUGCCUGUGGCCCAGUCUGUGGCUGUAGGGCCUUUGGGCUCCACAAUCCCCAUGGCUUAUUACCCAGUUGGUCCCAUCUACCCUCCGGGCUCUGCAGUGCUGGUGGAAGGAGGCUACGAUGCAGGGGCCAGGUUUGGAGCUGGUGCGAGCGCUGGCAGCAUCCCUCCUCCACCUCCGGGAUGCCCUCCCAACGCUGCUCAGCUCGCAGUCAUGCAGGGGGCCAACGUCCUCGUAACUCAGCGCAAGGGGAACUUCUUCAUGGGCGGCUCAGAUGGUGGCUACACCAUCUGGUGAGGAGCCGGGGCCACUGCUGUACCGGGAAAGACAUCACAUACCUUCAGCACUUCUCACAAUGUAACUGCUUUAGUCAUUUUAACCUGAAGCUGCAGUUUAGACACAUGUUUGGGGGUGUCUUUCUGGUGUCCAAACUUUGAGGCACUUUUCAAAUUUAAUAAGGAACCAUGUAAGGGUAGCAGCCCCUCCCUAAAGCACUCUGAGGUAGGGAGGUAUCCAUUCUUGAAAUGAAUGUGCGUGGAGCAGCCCCAGGGCUCUUCCCUAAUUCCUCUGCAGUGACCAUGCUGGUCUUUGCUUCUAGUAAGAAAACAUCAAAUUAGGUUUGGAGGGAACUUUGAUCUUCCUAAGAAUUAAAGUUGCCAAAUUAUUCCGAUUGGUCUUUAAUCUCCUUUAAGUCUUUGAUUUAUAUUAUUUGUUAAAUGAAAUGCAUUAGCUGUCUGCCUUCUCCUUUCCAUCCUCCCCUCCCCCAAUCAGUGGUGCAGGACAGAAAGCCAGUCAGACUCAGCCCUUCUCUCCUUGCACCUGUCCUACUCGCCAUUUUUUAGUGUCUUUCAUAAGGAUCCUCUGAAGCCCCGUGUGCCCCGAGAAUGGACCCCCAUUUCUUCGGGCUCUGUGUAUCUCCAGGCAAGGUGAAGGGUACCUGCUGGACCCACCUUGUAAACUGUCUCUGUAUCACCAGGAACCCAGCCCUGCUGUGGUGCCUCAACUUAAACAGCUCUCAGUGCACACUGUCCCAGAAAAGCUUCUGGCGGGCAGGGAAGAUGCGUAUCAGAAGCUUGGCUGGCAGUAAAGCCAGGUCGAGGGAGUUUCAGAUCAAAACCCAGUUACUAUUUCCUGAGUCUCCUGCAGCCUCUCGGUCCAGGAGUUUCCUGAGGUGGGUCAGUAGGUCGUGUGAACGCCUCACAAUGGAAUGACUUGAGUCCAGUGAGACCUCAUUAGGAUGACUAUUUCAGGGAUCCUUAGUGUUGUGAUUUGUUUUCUGAGAUUGGAUUUUAUUUUAUCUGAUACUUCAGCUCAUCUAAAGCUUGUGUUCUGUACAUGUGGUGUUUGACUGUGCCAUUGACUUACGGAAGUUCAGCGUCGUAUGUCUCUCUACACUGUGGUGCACUUAACUUGUGGAUUUUUUAUACUAAAAAUGUAGAAUAAAGACUAUUUUGAAGAUUUGAAUAAAGUGAUGAAGUUGCAUUAACCUCA